AUGGGAAAUUUGGGUUCCAACCGCAACCAAUAUAUGACUAUUUCGGUAUUGGAGAAUGUCGAAAAAAAAUUUGUCUCGUACACGUGGCGGGGACGCAUUGGUCAGAAACGCCCGUCUUCUAUCCCCUUAACCAGCGGACGAAAGUGGCAAGUCGUUGUUUACGAAGGCGGCAACCAGAGCACAACAAUCACGAAAGCCGUCUCAUUUUUCCCGCCAAUCCCAAAAUAUCCGCUCUACUUCAAUUUAUUUGCGAAAAGCCCAUCUCUGAAAGCGUCUGAUCUGCCGGCGGAGAUUGAUCCUGGUUUAGGGUUCAUUGGACUUUCCAUUACUGAUAAGAAGGAACCAAAUAGAGGGGGGGGAAAGAUAAAAGCUCUCUGGUUGCAAACCCCUAUUGCUGAUAGUGGUUUAGGCUUAUCUUUUGAAGCAGUUGUACAGAAUUUGAUGAAUUCCCAGUCUACUUGCCGCAACCAGAGACCCAAAGGGUUGAAGAUGAAGUAUUCACAUGAGAAGGCCUAUAGUGGAAGUGCAGAGAACAAGGUUAGUGAAGAACGCGGUUCUGAUAUUUUGGGGCGCAAAGGGAAUGCAGGGUGGUCAAAAGAUGGCGGUAUAUUUGGAUUAGAAGAUGUAAAUCUUGUGGAAGGAAGUAUAAAGAAAGAAGAUGGAGGUGUUGGAGAUGAUAUGUUAGGUGAAAAUGCUGAAGAGAAUAAUGAAGCAGAAUCUAACAAAGUAGAUGAUCAUGCUCGUGGAAAGCUUGCGAGGCAUGAAGGGAAUGAAAUUGAAAGGACAGAAAUGCAGUACAAAGUAUUGAACAUUACAGAUGAUAAUUCUGAUGUUGAAGACAAAGGAAAUGAUGAACCAGUGGGGCUCAACAAGAACUCAUUGCAAGAAGAAAAUUCUCAAGAGAGACAUGGAGAUACACAGGAAAUUAUCUCGGAUCACGAUGGUGAGAAAUAUGUGAAGAAUAUUAGUCAUGAUGAAGUUGGAGAGGAAAAGGAGCAAAAUUCACAAGUUAAUCAUGAUAAGCAAGAAAAUGAAAAGGACCGAGAGAAAGAGCCACAGAGAUUGGAGGAGUUUAGUACUAACAAGGACAUUUCAGUACAACAUAGUCAAGGGAAGAGUGACACUCUAAAGGGCCCAGAUUCAGUGGUAGAUGGAGUCCAUGGAUUUAAUGAUGAGAAUGGUGUUCCUGUAGAUGGCAAUGAUCUCAUAGAGUCCAUAGUGACUGGAUCAAGCGAUGAUCAUGCAAUGGUUCUACAUCAGGAAAUGAAUUCAAGUUCAAACAAUCAAAGUGAAACGAAAGAAAACACUAUGAAGGAAGAAGUUGCAGCUAAAGAAGGAACAAAUGGCGCUGAUUUUGAAGCCAAAAGCAAAAUCUCAGUAGAAGACUCAAAAAUCAACAUGAAACCAAAGGUGGAAACAAGUUCUGGAAUUGGUGUUCACGCAAACACCUCAAGGAUCGAUAGUGUUUCAGAAACUACACAGGGAGGCAGUUCAGUUUCAGAUUCUUAA